GGAAGGCCGCCCGGCGCGCGCUAAUUGCCUAUUGGCCUGUGCUGCUGGCUUGCCGCCUGGGUGGACCCGAGCCACGCCCCCUGGAGUGCGCCGGAAAGCCGGGCGCGCUAGAGCUCUCGGGAGGAUAAAAUGAAGGUUUUGGACUAGAUGACUACUAAAGGCUGUUUCAGUGUAACCAUGCUACGUCUCUAAGAGGCAGAGAAACCUCCUACCCCCAUUCUCCCAGACACACCUAAACAACUCCUAUCCACACACACAGUCACAGCCAUCAUGAGGAAGCCACGAGCAGCCGUGGGAAGUGGUCACAGGAAGCAGGCAGCCAGCCAGGAAGGGAGGCAGAAGCAUGCUAAGAACAACAGUCAGGCCAAGCCUUCUGCCUGUGAUGGCCUGGCCAGGCAGCCGGAAGAGGUGGUAUUGCAGGCCUCUGUCUCCUCAUACCAUCUAUUCAGAGACGUAGCUGAAGUCACAGCCUUCCGAGGGAGCCUGCUAAGCUGGUACGACCAAGCGAAGCGGGACCUACCAUGGAGAAGACGGGCAGAAGAUGAGGUGGACCUGGACAGGCGGGCAUAUGCUGUGUGGGUCUCAGAGGUCAUGCUGCAGCAGACCCAGGUUGCCACUGUGAUCAACUACUAUACCGGAUGGAUGCAGAAGUGGCCUACACUGCAGGACCUGGCCAGUGCUUCCCUGGAGGAGGUGAAUCAGCUCUGGGCUGGCCUGGGCUACUAUUCUCGUGGCCGGCGGCUACAGGAGGGAGCUCGGAAGGUGGUAGAGGAGCUAGGGGGCCACAUGCCACGUACAGCAGAGACCCUGCAGCAGCUCCUGCCUGGUGUGGGGCGCUACACAGCUGGGGCCAUUGCCUCUAUCGCCUUUGGCCAGGCAACCGGUGUGGUGGAUGGCAACGUAGCACGGGUGCUGUGCCGUGUCCGAGCCAUUGGUGCUGAUCCCAGCAGCACUCUUGUCUCCCAGCAGCUCUGGGGUCUAGCCCAGCAGUUGGUGGACCCAGCCCGGCCAGGAGAUUUCAACCAAGCAGCCAUGGAGCUAGGGGCCACAGUGUGUACCCCACAGCGCCCACUGUGCAGCCAGUGCCCUGUGGAGAGCCUGUGCCGGGCACGCCAGAGAGUGGAGCGGGAACAGCUCUUAGCCUCACGGAGCCUGUUGGGCAGUCCUGACGUGGAGGAGUGUGCUCCCAACACUGGACAGUGCCACCUGUGCCUGCCUCCCUCGGAGCCCUGGGACCAGACCCUGGGAGUGGUCAACUUCCCCAGAAAGGCCAGCCGCAAGCCCCCCAGGGAGGAGAGCUCUGCCACCUGUGUUCUGGAACAGCCUGGCGCCCUUGGGGCCCAAAUUCUGCUGGUGCAGAGGCCCAACUCAGGUCUGCUGGCAGGACUGUGGGAGUUCCCGUCUGUGACCUGGGAGCCCUCAGAGCAGCUUCAGCGCAAGGCCCUGCUGCAGGAACUACAGCGUUGGGCUGGGCCCCUCCAAGCCACACGCCUCCGGCACCUUGGAGAGGUUGUCCACACCUUCUCUCACAUCAAGCUGACAUAUCAAGUAUAUGGUCUGGCCUUGGAAGGGCAGACCCCAGUGACCACCGUACCACCAGGCGCUCGCUGGCUGACCCAGGAGGAAUUUCACACGGCAGCUGUUUCCACCGCCAUGAAAAAGGUUUUCCGUGUGUAUCAGGGCCAACAGCCAGGGACCUGUACGGGUUCCAAAAGGUCCCAGGUGUCCUCUCCGUGCAGUCGGAAAAAGCCCCGCAUGGGCCAGCAAGUCCUGGAUAAUUUCUUUCGGUCUCACAUCUCCACUGAUGCACAUAGCCUCAACAGUGCAGCCCAGUGACACCUCUGAAAGCCCCCAUUCCCCGAGAAUCCUGUUAGUAAAGUGCUUAUUUUUGUAGUUA